AGGGGGCGAAUGCGACAAUCGUAUGCGAAUGACGUGUGCAGUGGAAAGGCGGGGAAAUGCGCUCAUUUCCAAGGCGUUUCCGUUAUCUUGCAUCCGCAGGUCACGCUUCUGAGAUGAUGUGUGCGCGCGCCCUCAGACACAGGAUCAGAUUCAGUAACAUAUAGGAAGCGCGCGACUUCAACUCGAGGACAACACUGCGGAUUCAUUUUAACGGUCUCCGUAAUGGCAGAGUUGCUGCGGGCGCUCCUGAGCGUGGCAGAAAAAGCCGCAAAUGUGGCACGCGUCUGUCGUCAAGAAGCGACUCUUUUCGAGCUCCUGGUCCAGGAAAAGACGGGAGCUGACAAAAACAAGAAAUUCGUCCAGGACUUCAAGACGCUUGCUGAUGUGGUGAUACAGGAAAUGAUUCGCCAUGAUGUCUGUGCCCAGUUUCCAGAAUUGACUGGCUUUAUUCAUGGGGAGGAGUCAAACAAGUUUGAGAAUGGGCUCGGGGAGUGUGUCACAGUGACGGUCUGUGCUCGGGAACAGGACACGACUGCUCUGUUGGCUAAAGUCCUGGAUGGGGAUCAAACCGCCGCGUCCCUCCUGAGCAAAGCCAUCCAUCAGGACCUUCAGCUCAGGGACGAAACCGCUGAAUCCCUGCAGCUGUCGGUCAGCCCAGCCGACGUGGGCAUCUGGAUCGAUCCCAUCGACGGUACAAGUCAGUACAUUGAAGGGAAAGAGGAAGAGGAGCCGGAUGAAGGCUUUUGUCCUUCUGGACUCCCGUGCGCUCUGGUUCUGAUUGGGGUUUAUUUACGAGCCACUGGUCAACCAGUCAUGGGUGUCAUAAACCAGCCAUUCAACCGCAAAGACUCCGCGGGUAAAGGAUGGAAAGGCCAGCACAUCUGGGGCGUCUCGUAUGGAGAUGUGAACGUGUGCUCGUUCACCCGGCCGUCGGAUCCCGAGAAGAGCGAGUGUUUGUCGGUUCUGCUGAGCUCUAGCGAGAGACCGGCUGUGACGAGCGCGCUCGCGACGCUCCCCAACGGGUCGCUGCUGUACGCGUCGGGCGCGGGAUACAAGCUCCUGUGUGUGGUGCGGGGUCUGGUGGACGUGUACGUGCUGUCGGAGGGGAGCACGUUUAAGUGGGACUCGUGCGCUCCUCACGCGGUGCUGCGGGCGCUGGGUGGAGGCGUGUCGGAUCUGAGCCAGUGUCUCACGGGUCACACCACUCAACUCACAUACCACCAACCACACACACACAGUCAAGGGGUGGAGCGGUGGGCCAACCGAGGAGGAAUCAUCGCUUACUUGGACUCCAGCGUGAUCGAGAAAGUCGUGGAGGCGCUUGCUGGAAAGAUAUGACUAAGAAAUUAUGCAAGUUUGUAUUUUAUUG